UUAAAUUCUAAUUAGAGAUGCAGGAAUCAAUGAGAGGGAGGUUGGACAGCUCAGUUCCCCAGCGCCAGCCCAAUAGACGGAUGAGUUAUUGUCAUGUAAAAAGCGCCAGCAAUAAGACCCACCGCUUUGCUAUUGUCCAAGUGGAAAGAGCCAAGUUUAUUAUGAGGACUAUAUGCUCUAGAGACCUCAGACAAGGCAUCUCAUAGGAGGCUUUUUCAUAAAACUAGGCUCUGCUGGUAGUAAGGAGGCCACUUCAGAGGCAGGCGUUGAGCUGUGCACAUCUUCCCCACUCCAGCCACCUUCUCCACAUCCAUCUUUUAUUUCAUUUUUCCACUUGGCUGAGCCAUCCAGAACCUUUUCAAUGUAUAAAAUGGAAUAUUCUUACCUCAAUUCCUCUGCCUACGAGUCCUGUAUGGCCGGGAUGGACACCUCGAGCCUGGCUUCAGCCUAUGCGGACUUCAGUUCCUGCAGUCAGGCCAGUGGCUUCCAGUAUAACCCCAUCAGGACCACUUUCGGGGCCACGUCCGGCUGCCCGUCGCUCACGCCGGGAUCCUGCAGCCUGGGCACGCUCAGGGACCACCAGAGCAGUCCGUACGCAGCAGUUCCUUACAAGCUCUUCACCGACCACGGAGGCCUCAACGAGAAGCGCAAGCAGCGGCGCAUCCGCACCACGUUCACGAGCGCGCAACUCAAAGAGCUGGAGAGGGUCUUCGCGGAGACACACUACCCCGACAUCUACACCCGGGAGGAGCUGGCCCUGAAGAUCGACCUCACCGAGGCGCGAGUUCAGGUGUGGUUCCAGAACCGACGCGCCAAGUUUCGCAAGCAGGAGCGCGCUGCUGCUGCGGCGGCGGCCGCGGCCAAGAACGGCUCCUCGGGCAAGAAAUCCGACUCGUCCCGGGACGACGAGAGCAAAGAGGCCAAGAGCACCGACCCGGACAGCACGGGGGGCCCGGGCCCCAACCCCAAUCCAGCCCCGAGCUGCGGCGCGAGCGGCGGAGGCGGCGGCGGCGGGCCGAGCCCUGCGGGAGCUCCCGGAGCCGCGGGGCCCGGGGGCCCGGGAGGCGAGCCCGGCAAGGGUGGUGCGGCGGCGGCGGCAGCAGCGGCAGCGGCGGCUGCAGCGGCAGCGGCGGCGGCUGCUGCUGGUGGCCUGGCUGCGGCCGGGGGCCCUGGACAAGGCUGGGCUCCCGGUCCCGGCCCCAUCACCUCCAUCCCGGAUUCGCUCGGGGGCCCCUUCGCCAGCGUCCUCUCUUCGCUCCAAAGACCCAACGGUGCCAAAGCCGCCUUAGUGAAGAGCAGUAUGUUCUGAUCUGGGAUGCGGUGGCGGCCGCAGCAGCGGGCAGAGCCAGGGCCCUGGCGGGCGAGCGGGGCGAGCGGGUAGGCCCAAGGCUACUGUCGUCGCUGCUGCCGUGGCUGCUUCCCCGAGGGCCUAAAGUAAUCGCGAUCAGAACAAAAAGAAAACGACAAUGCCCUCAUUUCAACCCAAUUCAUACCCUCCUCCUCCUCAGCCCCUCAAACAAAACAAGCAAAGCAAAAUGUUAAACUCUCCCUGGCUUGGCACCUGC